AUGUCUAGCCCCCUCUCCUUCUUUCUCUGCCAUCGUGGUGUGUGCUUGACUCCACUUCUUGUCAUGUCUUCUCACAAGACUUUCAGGAUUAAGCGAUUUCUGGCCAACAACCGAAAGCAAAAUCAUCCGAUUUCCCAGUGGAUUCGAAUGAAAACUGGCAAUAAAAUGAGGUACGACUUUAAAAGGAGACACUGGAGAAGAACCAAGCUGGGUCUAUAA